CGGUCUGAGAGAGAGCACUCGGCACGACGAGAGGCCGAACCACACAUGAUUGGCUCCACAUCUCUAACUCUCUUCUCUUUUGUCUCCCUAUCUCUCUUUUCCCCCUCUGUUUGUUUUUGCCCUGCACUCUGACCAGCCCCGGGUCUCUCUUCACAGCAGAGUUCAGAAUUGCACUACAAUGUCUGCGGUGGCUUCUCUGCUGUGAGCACACAAAGGUUAUGCUGCCCAAAAGCUGUCUGAGUCCCAGUGAGAAAGAGAAGGGCUAAAGCCACACCGAUCCAAACCAGCUUUUCAGAGCCUCUCCAGCAGCGACUCCACUGCGGAGCCAUGAGCAACCCCAGCACUCCCAACCAGAUUACAGAUGCCGUGGCAUCGGUUAUUCACAGCCCAGAGGCCCCUGCUGCCUCAUCACUACACGGGACUCCACGCCCUGAAGAGGAGGAUGAUGGGGACCUGAACAAAGCUUUGGGGGUCCAGCGCUUCCAGCAGAUCCUCAGCCCCGCUGCUGCCGUACCUGAUGAACAGCACCACAACUACCAUGAGGAGGAUAUCGAAUACCACCGUCACUCCUCUCACCACAUCCACCGACCUCUGUCCAAACUGCCCUCUGAGGGACGCAGGAAGAAGGGCGGCAAGAAAAGGAGAAAGGACAAAGAUCACAAAAGCAGCCAUGCUCCCAGCACUGGCCCCAUAGAGGAGGGAGAGGAUGAAGAGGAAGAGGAGGAGGAGGUGACGGAGACAACUACUGUUCCAUCUGAGUCGGAGAGAGUCAAAGAUGUGGAGUUCUUUGUUUCGGAUGAAGACCAAGUGGCCAAACAUGGCACAGAGAGCCCUCGCGCGGCCCGUGAGCUGGAUAUUGUACCACAUUCUGGGGUGGGAGCAGAUACUGAAGAUGCAUCUUCCUCAGAUAAGCCGGCCUCACCCGAGACUCCCAGCCCCUCUUCCCCAUCAGCGCCACCUGAACACAUACCACUGGCCCGGCAGUCCAGCCGCGGCUACGACCUGCAAGAGCGCCGGCGCACAGGCAACAUGACGGGCACCGAGCAGGCCAAGUACCAGCGCAUCCCUACUGACGAGAGCGAGGCUCAGACGCUGGCCUCUGCUGACCUGGACGGCAUCAAGAGUCAUCGUUUUGAAGAUGUUCCCGGCGUGCGCAGACACCUGGUCAGAAAGAGCACCAAGGGACAAGUGGUGCACAUCGGCAAGGACCACAAAGAGCCGACCACUCGCAGCCGCAAGCAGGACCGGACCCCACAUGAGCCAUUGCCGGUGAUUCUGUACCGCUCUGCCUCACGGCUCGGAGGCGUCCUGCUGGACACGUACUACGGUGAAAUGGCUGGGUACAAGAAGGUGUUUGUGGAGCUGAAUGAGCUGACUAUGGACAAGAACCAGGAGAUGCAGUGGAAGGAGACGGCUCGAUGGAUCAAGUUUGAGGAGGAUGUGGAGGAGGAGACCGACCGCUGGGGGAAACCUCACGUGGCCUCGCUGUCUUUCCGCAGUUUGCUGGAGCUCCGAAAGACCAUCUCGCACGGUGCAGUGCUGCUGGACCUGGACCAGAAGACCCUGCCUGGCAUCGCCCACCAGGUGGUGGAGCAGAUGAUUAUUUCUGACCAGAUCAAAGCUGAGGACCGAGCCAAUGUCCUGAGGGCCCUGCUGCUGAAACACAGUCACCCAAGCGAUGAGAAAGAGCACAGUAGCCCUUUCCCCAGGAAUAUCUCUGCAGCCAGUCUGGGCAGCCUGAUUACACAUCACCACAGUGCCAAUCACACCCAUCAGCCAGAACCAUCGGUGACCGACCCGCUCAUGGGCACCAUCCACACUACGGGGGACACAGAAACGCGCAUCGACAUAGAGAAGAAUGAGUUACAGCAGAAGGAGCCGACAUUGGUGCCCGGUAUGCAACGGUCCAAAUCCAAACACGAGCUGAAGCUGCUGGAGAAGAUUCCUGAAAAUGCUGAGGCCACUGUUGUCCUUGUGGGCAGUGUGGACUUCCUGGAGCAGCCCACCAUGGCGUUUGUGCGACUGCAGGAGGCAGUGCUGCUGGAGUCUGUCCUUGAGGUCCCUGUGCCGGUCAGGUUUCUCUUCGUCCUGCUGGGACCCCCUACCACCAGCAUGGACUAUCACCAGAUAGGACGCUCCAUCUCCACACUCAUGUCUGACAAGCAAUUCCAUGAGGCAGCUUACCUAGCGGACGACAGGCAGGAUCUACUGAACGCCAUUAACAGCUUCCUGGACUGCAGCAUCGUGCUGCCACCAUCAGAGAUGGGAGGCGAUGAGCUGCUGCGCUCUGUUGCUCGCUUUCAGAGGGAGAUGCUGCGCAAGAGGGAGGAGCAGGGGGUCAAACUGGCCAAAGAGCCUAAAAGCCUUGAAGAAAAAGAGGCACUCCUCACACCCUUGAAAAAGUCAGACGAUCCUUUAGAGCGCACAGGACGCCCCUUUGGCGGGCUGAUACGAGACGUGCGGCGCCGUUACCCAAAGUAUGUCAGUGACUUCAAGGACGCCCUGAACAGUCAGUGCAUGGCUGCUGUUAUCUUUAUCUACUUUGCUGCUCUCUCUCCAGCCAUAACAUUUGGAGGAUUACUGGGUGAGAAGACGGAGGGUCUGAUUGGUGUUUCUGAGCUGAUUGUGUCGACGGCAGUGCAGGGUGUGGUCUUCUGUUUGCUCGGAGCGCAGCCGCUGCUUGUUGUGGGCUUCUCUGGACCUCUGCUGGUCUUUGAAGAAGCCUUUUAUUCUUUCUGCAAAGCAAACGACAUGGAGUACCUGACAGGCCGAGUCUGGAUUGGGUUUUGGCUCAUUAUCAUUGUGAUUGUCACGGUGGCCUUAGAGGGAAGCUUCCUGGUCCGCUUCGUCUCCCGCUUCACCCAGGAGAUCUUCUCCUUCCUUAUCUCCCUGAUCUUCAUCUGCGAGACCUUCAUCAAGCUCGGCAGGAUUUUCAAGGAGCACCCACUGAAACGUUGCUCCCUCAACAACGCCACAGAAGGGGACGCCUCGACAGAAAAUAUCACCCUGGUGCUGAGCAACAGCACGGAGCCGGUGACGGUGGCGGUGCGAGGGCAGCCCAACACUGCGCUGCUCUCUCUGGUUCUCAUGGCUGGAACGUUUUUCAUCGCCUUCUACCUACGCAAGUUCAAGAACAGUGCGUUCUUCCCCGGAAGGUUGCGCAGAGUUAUUGGAGAUUUUGGCGUCCCGAUUGCCAUCCUCAUCAUGGUGCUGGUGGAUAACAGUAUAAACGACACGUACACACAGAAACUGAGCGUCCCUCGAGGUUUCUCUGUGACAAGUCCCGACAAACGCGGCUGGAUCAUCAGUCCUCUGGGCACCGACGGUCAGUUCCCCAUCUGGAUGAUGUUCGCCUGCUGUCUGCCCGCUCUGCUGGUCUUCAUCCUCAUCUUCAUGGAGACUCAGAUCACCACCCUGAUAGUGAGUAAGAAGGAGCGGAUGCUGGUGAAGGGCUCUGGUUUCCAUCUGGACCUGCUGCUGAUUGUGGUGCUGGGCGGCAGCUCGGCUCUGUUCGGCCUGCCGUGGAUGGCCGCCGCGACCGUUCGUUCGGUGACCCACGUCAACGCCCUCACUGUCAUGAGCAAGGCCGUCGCCCCCGGUGACAAGCCUCGCAUCCAGGAGGUGAAGGAGCAGAGGGUCACCGGGCUGCUGGUGGCCAUCAUGGUCGGUUUGUCCAUAGUGAUCGGUGACCUGCUGCGUCAGAUCCCCCUGGCGGUGCUGUUUGGUAUCUUUCUCUACAUGGGUGUGAUGUCACUUAAUGGCAUCCAGCUAACAGAGCGGAUGAUGCUGCUGCUCAUGCCGCCAAAGUAUCACCCUGACCACACCUACGUACGCAAGGUCCGUACGCUGCGCAUGCAUCUGUUCACCUGCAUCCAGGUGUUGUGUUUGGCUGUGCUGUGGGCUGUCAUGUCGACACAGGCAUCACUGGCUUUCCCCUUCGUUCUCCUCCUCACCAUACCUGUCAAGAUGUACCUGCUGCACCGCAUCUUCAACGCCAGAGAGAUGGCAUGCCUGGAUGCAGACGACGCAGAGCCGACAUUUGACGAGCGCGAGUGUCACGACGAGUACACGGAGAUGCACAUGCCUGUGUAACCUGCGGCAAGCCCUCGUAUCACCACUUAACUCCUCUUAGUGGACACCAAAAUCUGUCAGUCACUCUACCAACCAAUGAGAUCCGGAGUCCUUCAAACUUGAAACACUCACAAUUUGAUGCCACACCACUGUGCACCCUCUUUAUUAUCACCGAGACAUGAACGUACAGUACGUUGGAGGUCUGGUCGGUUGUUACUUUGGUCAACUUUAACUAUUUAAGUAGCUUUUUAUCAGAUUGUUUUCUGGUUGCUCUGAUUCACAUUGAAUAUGUGGAGGAAACAUGGGAUACGUUCUUUUAUAUUAACACGCUGAGUUAUCGCUAUAUAAGUUUGUCGCUUUUUUUCAUGUUUUAAGCUCACCAAGCGCCUUAUGAAGGAAUUAAAAAGUUAUAUUGAGAGGUGCUUUUUUUCCUCAUUCUGUCUUAUUUUAGACAGCCGAUCACUUUACCCACCUCCCGAAGCUCGUAGCACUUUUUUAAGACACCAAAUCUGAACGAUGACUGUAUUUUAUGUGAUCAUUUUAUCAUCCUAGCGUCCCUGAAAUGUCAGUGUUGCCUUAGUUUGCUUUUUAAAUGACUACCUGUAAUUGAUUUUUAGCCUUUCCUUCUUUAACCGUACGUUGUUUUUGUUUUUUUUUGUACUCAUAUGCAGCGGUUUAGCUGACAGUAGGCCUUUUAUGUCAAACUAUGUCCCUGCAGUGAGUGAAGAUCACGACCAGAGGCAGAUCUCGCAAAAAUAGUACAUGAAAUUUACUCGUUACACUAUCAUCAUGUUUCUGAUCAUAACACAUAUUUAGUGUGAAAUUAACACAGUGGCAUAAUGAAUAUACUCUAAAUGUCUCCACGCACAUCUUUAGGGCACUAAUGUAUUAAUGUAGAGUUUGUUUCACGUGGUGUGUUUAUGGGAAUCACUAAUUUAUUGGUUUUCUUUGUCCAAGUGCCAAAUGCCUCGUGUAAAUAGUUUUCUUGAUCAGAACAAUAAGCUGCAGUAAUACAUCUCACAUCUCCUGAUCAUGUUUCUUUAAGGAGUCUAAAUCAACAAAAUUUCUUAGUAUAACAUUCCUUGUUUUAUCAUCAUUUUGCUUUUUUUUCUGGCAUCAAUUAAUAGUUUAAACAUUUCAUUCACACUUGUGAGCUUGGUCGACCAAAUUUCCACAUAAGCUCUGUAGACAAUCUCAACAUUCAUACUGAGAGGGAAGGCUUUUAAAAAUAUAUAUAUAUAUGUAUAUGUAUUUGUUUUUGUUUUAUGUCAUGUUGUAUCAGUGUGACAUGGAUUGGUUGAAGCUUUGACUGUGUCAAAUAACUUAAAUUCUUAGUCCUUUGUUACUCUCCAGUGUGUGUUUCGGAAACUACUUGUCCGUCUGAACUGUCCCAUCUCAGCCUGACUGUCGCUGUGAUCUUGUGCCUGUUUGGUGUCACAAAGGCGCACAAAAUCUCAAGUGCCUGUGGGACCACGAAAGUGAUCAGCAAAGUGUUUGUAAGGACGACACAUGUUACAAUAGUUUGCACUUUUGAGACGCUCAUAAAUCAAACAUCUCUCCAUUAUUUAUCUGUUGCAAUAUGAGGCAUUAUUGCUGUUUUUGAAGAUUUAUUUGUCACAGAACCUUUUUUUUUUUUAAAUGUAAACACACUUUUGGCUGCGUCCCGCUCGUGGACAAUGAAGGGGAUUUUAAUGAGAAGUAGGCAGUGUCGGUUUUAUGUUUGCUUACUGUGCCUGUGGAUGGAGUGAAGUCUGUGUAUGCCAAAGUAUCUGUCAAAGUCGCAAAAUGCUGAUACGAUACGUUGUUCCAUUUCAAAAGCAAUAAAAGUCCGAGAGGCUUUUGCUGAUGUUCCCUUGUACAUUAAUGGAUGAAAUAUUGAUGACAAAUAAAAGUUAUUUUCUAUUUAUCCUG